CAUGGAACCAGAUUGACCUUUCAACGUAAGCUGAUCAAAAGAUUACACCACAGACAAACCACCUACGCAAUCACUUCCUUAUAAAAGUCACUGAAUCUGCUCCCGAUGUCAAAUCCACUUUAAAGAAGUGAAGACAUCAUGAGCAUGCUCUCCCUGUCAGUCCUGCUCCUGCUCCCUGUCAUUCUCUUCUGCACCGCAGAGAUUCCCACCUAUAAACACCAAGACCGACUAACAGGUGAAAUUCUCCAGUGCGAAAAAUGCAGCUCAUGUCAGAGUGACCACUACACAGAGCUGUGGAACUACCUCAACAGGUGUCUGUACUGCAACAACUUCUGCUCACAGAACCAGGAAGUGGAGACUGAGUGCUCUAAAUUCAACAACAGAGUCUGUCGUUGCAAAGCAGGGUUUUACAUGAUGGAGGACUUCUGUCUCAGACACACAGAAUGCAGCCCUGGACAUGGAGUUCAGGCCAUAGGAACACCAACACAGGACACCGUGUGUGAAAAAUGUUCCAAAGGUUAUUUUUCCAGCUCAUCUUCUGCCUCGGAUCAGUGUGUAAAACAUCAGCACUGCUUAGGAGGACAAGUCACGCUCCUCCGAGGCUCAGCGUUCCACGACACAGUUUGUGGCACCUGUCAAAGUCUUGCAAAUGGAGGUGAUGAGCUCAGAGCAGUCCUGUCUGCAUCAUUUACUGGGACCAGGAUACCAAGAAGAGAUUUAAAAAGACUCAUUCACAAGAUCAUUCACAAGAAUCAAGAGGAUGAAUGCACCGGAGACUCAGCUCUACCAAAGCAGAGAGGCCCUCUUCUAGACGUGAUCAGAGUGUGGCUGGCCCAGGCAUCUGCAGAGCAGCUGAAAGACAUGGCUAAAGUCAUGAGGGAGUCCCAGUUUAGCUCCAUAGGAACUAAACUACAAAGCAUCCUUGAUGAAAUUAAGCAGCAGAAUCCUACCUGCAGUCUAUAAAAUCCUGAACUUAAACAUCCUUUCUCAUAGUGUGUGUUUACUGAACAUAUUUUUUACAGAAUGCUUUUAAUUUUGCAACCAUGUGCAGCAUCACUGGGAGUAACAGAGGUUAUCAGUAUUACUAAAUGUUCGUCAUGUCUCCAUAGGCUAGAAAAAACUAUUCAUUCUCUGUUUUUGUUUCCUGUAAGAUGGGCCAGGUUCCCAUUCAUAAGAGUGUAAUGACGUGUUGUUUUGAAUAUCCCGGUGAAGUACUGAACUAUAAUUGUGUCAAAAAUAAGCUUUAAAAUAUUAUGAAAGGAAUGUAAAAUGUUUUGUAAACUAUGUGAAGUCAAACUGAAUUAAUAAACUGUUCUCUUAUGGCA